CUUGAACAGUAGGUAUAGAACUGAUUUGAGAAUUGAAUACUUUCUCGGCAGGAUUCUGAAUUUAAAAUUUAAUUUGUGCAAAAAUGGAUUAAGGUGGUGUGUGUGAAGUGUGUUUUUGACUGUAGUGACAGUUUAGAUCUACAUAAUGAAGAUCCAACUAGUCUACCUCACGCUAUGGUCGCUAUCCCAGGCCGCAUACAUCAGCCGCAUGACGGUCAACCGCAUGCGGGUGCCGACGGCCUUCCGCCCCGGAGUCACGCUUCACCGGCCCUGGACCCAUCCUCGGCUAGUCCAGGCCGCGUCGCAUAGGACGCCUUAUGUUAUAUACAGGAACCCACCUCACAGGCCAAUUUCCCGCAGAUACGCCAUGAAGCACUACGGGCCCAACCCCAACAACAACCGGAACGUGUUCAUCAACAGCGGUCCAUGGAAGACGACGGCCAGACUACCGACGAUCACCAGCGUGACGCCGGAGUAUGAGUUCGUGAAGGCUGCGUCUGCGCCGACUGCUUUGCGAGUUAACGGUGAUAAAGGUGCCAUCCACACGAUCCCAGCGCCCAACCUGAGUCUCUCGGAGAAGCCAAUCGUGGUCAUCGAUGCGACGGAGCAUGGAGUGAAGGUGACUACUGAAGGUCCAAAACCAACAUACGAAGUAACAGAGAAAUACAUAGAGCCGUCGAUCCAUGUCGCUAAGAUCGAAUCGCCUAUAGGAUUUUCUAAAGCAACGUCCUUAACGGGCCCUGAAAUACAAAGCCUGGUCCGAAACGGCGCGGCCCUACAACUGACAUCAGAGUACGGGCUGCCGGCGAUAGCUAUGUCGCAGCAUCAGGCGCAGCUAGUGCCGCAACAGUUCACUAUACAACAGGGUUUCAGUGCCAUGCCAACCCACCAAGAUCUUGUCCAAUCCGGCGCUGAAGGCAUCAUAAUACCGCCGAACGCAUUAUACCAACCUGACCCCGGAUAUCUGCAAAAACUACAGAACCAACUGUUGCAGAGGUACCCUGCCGUCGAAUUCAUACCAUACGCUGCUGACAUCCCCACGGAAGCACAGAUCCAAACUCAAGCAUCGCAAAUCCAGCCCCAAGUCAUCCUGCUCCAAAACAAAGUUACCAAGCAGGCACCAGCACCAUUCGUCGCAAGAGAACAGCAGAACGAUAAGAACGUCGUACAGAGGGAAACUCAAGAAAAAACCGUAGUAACAUUAGUCCCGCAAAAACUUAUAAUAACCACUCAAAAUGUAACUGAGAAGCCAGCUGAAACCACCACCCCAUACCAAACUACAACGCCACAAAAUAUAACUGUUCAAGUGGUCACUGAAUCUCAACCUUCAUCAACAGUUAAAUACAUAGUAGAAAGUACUACUGAGGAACAUAAGACGACAACUCCACUGUACUACGCCCAAGUUGGUCAAAGCGUUGGAAGCGCAAUAGCAAGUGGGUUUUUCUCAGCAAUCAAUGACGUCAGAGCAGCAGCUGCAUUAGCUCAAGUAAGUGAGACACCACAAGAACCUGUAACUACUGAAGCAGAAUUGAAUACAACUACGUCAUCGACCUCGACAACCACAACUUCCACAAGCACUACAAUCAAUCCAGAAUUUCAGCCAUACUUUGUACAUAAGACGGAUGAUCAGAAAAACGAAACGAGUGGAGAAUUAAUAUCUGUAUUAGGAAUUCCUUUUGCGAAGCCAGAGCCCGUCAAGCCAAUACCUAAGCCUGAUGAAACAGUGAAAGUAGCUUACACUCUAUACAGGGCUGACGAUAAAGACCAGAAGGUAGCAAAAGACGGAAGCGUAUAUGCUGGACAGAUAGUGGAAGCGAGUAUAAGUGAAGACCAAGAUUUUAACAAGGAGAAGAAUAGCAUUAUGUCCAGAAGGGCGCCUGUACGGCUGAUAGCUGUUCCAGCUGAAAAUCCUAGCACGUCCACAACGUCAACUACAACGCAAGUACCACAGAAAAUAACAGUGGUGAAAGCGAAGAUCCCACCAAAAAGCAAGUUGACGUUUGAUGACAAAACAGGCGAGCCAGUCCUGAGAAUUUAUGCCAGUUAUGUGGAUACUCCUCAGCAGAAAGAAGUGGUGGUAUCCAAGCUAGCAAACAUGAAACAGAAAGAGGUAACCCGAAAAACAGACAGCGUCGACAACUGGAAAGCAGCAACCGUAAAAUCAGUAGACAAAACCCAGGGACCGAAUAUGAACCAAGUUACUCAGUUCGGACUCAAACUUAGAUCGAGAAGCGACGAUUACAUACCACUGUUCGAUGAUUACGAAGAUUAGUACAACUGAUAUAAUUAUGAAAAGUAUUUAGUCUACAAGACUGUCUCCUUAGUAUUACAAAUUAACUGUAAAUAUGCGGAUCCACGCAGAACGAGCUGCCUCGCGAGGAAAUUGCCGCGCGAAACGGCUUGACCUGUGUAGAUGUGCCUCGGCAUCUCCAGCCGGGCUAGCACAUGAUAGGCGCGAGAUAGACUAGCCUUCCCUCUUUAAUUAACAUGGUUGGAAAAACAGUUUAUCUCGUCGCGAAAUACUGUCGCGCCAGUCAUGUGCUAAGCCUACGGCUUAGAGAAUAUGUAUAACCAAACGGAGUGGUCAUUAACAGGCGUUCCCCUCUGUCGAAAAUAGGCGGCCAAUGGUCAACAACAUGUCAACCACAUGUAUGGACUGACGUUUAUCUGACAUGGCAAUUGUGACGUUACGCAUACAUUUGAUGUUCCCCUCCCCCGCAAAAAACGGCAGACUAUUUUGUACCGAAAAUUAUAGACAUGGCGUCUCCGUUGGUUAUAUCCUCUAAGGCCUACGGCGACCGAGCUACUUCGCGCGGCAACUUCCUCGCGAGGCGGUACGUUUUGUGUGGUCCCGUCUAAUGAAGUAAGAUUGAUGUAAAAUCAAGCACUGUGCAUUUAGAAAACUAGAAACCAUCUGUAUUUUAUUCCCGAUAGAAGACUACAUGCCAUCAUCCAGAAUAAUAACAGAACAUAAAUAAAUAGUUUGGUAAAAUAUACGUUAAAUAUUAAAAAUAGUUUCGAAACAACUCUCGUGCAUUUACUUCAUUCAUUUAAAUAGCAGUAUUUAAUAAGUUCCAAUAAUUUUUAAAUUAGUUAUAACGAUGAUAGCUUUGACUCACCACCAGUGAUCUUCAGAAUACUUAAUUAAAACUUAAACGAUGAAAGUGCUCAAGUAAAACAACAUAACAUAGCGACUGACUCAGUGAACCAAAUAUGGGUUCUUAAUGUUCUUUAUUCUUAGUACUUCUAUGUUAUAACACAGAAUAAAUAAUAGUACUAGGUACAGAAGACUCACUCUCUAACAAAACGCGUCUGUCACGAUCAGCACAGAUAUGGCCGCUAGGUGGCGACAGCGCCACGCGCGGCUUAUUGCGAACCCCAAAAUUGGGGUCGAACGGAUGUACUUUUAGCUACCUGUAGCAAAGCGACGAAAUCACGGAGUGAGCGACGCCUGGUUAUAAGUUAUAUAGAUUGAUAAAUUAUUUACUUGUAAGCAUUUUAAUGUAUUGUUUCAAACUUCUUGAGACUGUGUUAUUUAUAAUACUCGUAUUCUAAGUUAGGUUAACAUAGAAUUAGUUUUGUUGACGCAUUUCGUUAUUAAAACCUAUUUAUUUAAAUGUAAAUAAUGAUUAUUGUUUUGUUUUUGUUAACGCCAAACUUAUAACUCGAGUUAUAAUAAAAUUAAACAAAAGUAUUUCA